GAAAAGUUCAACACAGACGCCAUCUUGGAGACCCGAACGCAGCGCUUGGCUGGCGGCGGAUGACAACAAUAUUUGGCACAUCAUGUGGCGAUUACUCGCUUCCAAGUAAAACGGCAUUACACCAGUUUUGGGUUGCAGGCUUUCAGGGGGGGAGAAGAGAAGCUGCCUAGUGACAAUUGAUUGCUGCGGGCUGUUUUUAAACAAGGGCGGCUACGAGGUAGCCCGAUGGCCGGCUAGCUGGUCGCCUGACUCCACCGCGGCCUGCUCGGGAGGAGUAUGGGUGGUGACGGCGCAAAAUGCUCUACCGCUGACUCCCAGUGAAACAGCCAUCCUGCCCACAGACGCACUGAGAGUUGGACGGCAACCACGAUGCACUUGUAGAUUUUUUCUCGCUCUUAGCCGUGCGAUUUUUUUGUUUUGUUUUUCUUGUGUGACCGACUGUGAGCGCCGUCUAAACUUCCAGCCGCAGACAUGUCAUCCAACUGCACCAGCGCAGCGGCCGUCAGCGCCAGCAAAACCAAGACGAAAAAGAAGCAUUUUAUAGGACAGAAAGUGAAAUUAUUCCGCGCAAGUGAGCCCAUUCUCAGCGUUUUAAUGUGGGGUGUCAACCAUACGAUUAAUGAGUUAAGUAAUGUGCCUGUACCAGUUAUGCUGAUGCCAGAUGACUUUAAAGCCUACAGUAAGAUCAAAGUGGACAACCACCUAUUUAACAAAGAAAACCUACCUAGUCGCUUUAAGUUCAAAGAGUACUGUCCCAUGGUGUUCAGAAACCUGAGGGAGAGGUUCUGCAUUGAUGACCAGGACUACCAGAACUCUCUGACUAGGAGCGCUCCACUCAACAGCGAUACCCAGGGUCGCUUCGGCAACCGCUUCUUGUGCAGCUAUGACCACCGCUUUGUAAUCAAAACCGUGUCCAGUGAGGACAUUGCUGAGAUGCACAACAUCCUAAAGAAAUAUCACCAGUUUAUAGUGGAGUGUCAUGGCAACACACUGCUCCCUCAGUUUCUGGGCAUGUAUCGGCUAACAGUGGACGGCGUGGAGACGUACAUGGUGGUGACCCGAAAUGUAUUCAGCCAUCGCCUCACUGUGCACCGCAAGUACGACCUAAAGGGUUCUACGGUCUCUAGGGAAGCCAGUGACAAAGAGAAGGCUAAAGAACUUCCUACUUUUAAAGACAACGACUUCCUGAAUGAAGGCCAGAAACUGCAGAUCGGAGAUGACAACAAAAAGUACUUUUUGGAGAAGCUAAAACGGGAUGUGGAGUUCCUGGCCACCCUGAAGAUCAUGGACUACAGUCUCCUGGUGGGAAUCCAUGAUGUCGAGCGGGCUGAACAGGAGGAGAUGGAUGUAGAGGGCACGGGCGAGGAAGAGGAGUAUGAGAAUGAUGGAAUGGGAGGAGGCGUGCUGACGGGCUCCUUCGGCACGCCUCCAGACAGUCCUGGAAAUCCACUGAACUGUGGGGGAUUCUUCGGCCCCGGAGAGUUCGACCCCUCUGUGGAUGUUUACGCAAUCAAGAGCCACGACGGUGCUGUGAAGAAGGAGGUAUACUUCAUGGCUAUUAUCGACAUCCUCACGCACUAUGACGCAAAGAAAAAAGCUGCACAUGCUGCCAAAACUGUGAAACAUGGGGCAGGGGCCGAGAUCUCAACGGUGAACCCGGAGCAGUACUCCAAACGAUUCUACGAGUUCAUGUCCAAUAUCUUAACAUAAACUCAUCCUCCAGUCCAGUCAGUCACCUCCAGUCACAGUUCUGUCAAACCGCAAGUGUAGGUCCAUCUCCACAAGCCUCCGUCUCCCCUCUUAAGAAAAAAAUACAAACAAAUAAUAAAAAAAACAAAAAAAACAAAAAAAACUUGUAACAUCCUCCCACAGCCAGCAUCAGUCUGGCAGGGGGAUGUACAAAGCUUGUUACACUCUCCCCAAACCACCACCUCCCCUUCUCACUUUGUGAAACCUCUCACUGAUUUCUUCAUUAUCUCUGUCAGUUUUUUUUAAGAAAGAUGUAUCUGCUCUCCACCUUGUUGCUCCUCACGCCAGCACGGAAACUGUCUCACUAAUGCCUUGAAGAAGUGUGUCAGCUUCAGCAGUUACUAGUCAGUUAGUAGAGUCUCUUCAGUUUCUGUUCAUGUUGUUGUUCCUAUCAUUUCUAUUAACACACACACACACAGAUGUAAACACAGAUGCAGGAUGGUCGGAUUGCAUGACAACUUCUUGGACAGUCGCCAUCAGGCUUCUCAGAAAAACUGAUUUAAAAGUACUGCUGACAAAUUGGAGAUUAACACAUUAACAUGUACUGAUGUAUAAAGUAAAUGAAUGCAAUAUCAAAAAUGCAUGGCUGACGUGUACGAGACUCCACCAGUUGUAAAAUCAAACCACUGAACUUAGCAUCUGAGUGUUAUGACUAAAACAACAAAAAGGCAAAAAAAAAUUGGUGUUUGAAUGUUACGUUGCCAUAUUGUUUUUGAAUAUUUUUAAAAUUUAACCGUGAGCUUGGUGGAGGUUGGUUUAAGAUAAAAAAAAAUGUUCACGUAAAAAGGGGAAUUCUGCAGCAAAUACUUGUUUUAUUACCAUAAGGAUCAUUUUUAUAUCUUGUUUACAUUAAUGUAGCAAUUUUGUGUUUGUAUACAGUAUUGUUUUGUUACCAACAGACAUUAGGAAAAAAAGUUACUUGAAAAUGAUUCAUUGCAUAUUAAAGGGAGUUUUAUCUUG